CCAUCCAGAAAGCCUCAAAAACUACAUCGUUUAAAAAGCUUUGGCAACAAGUGCAAAAACUCUUAUCAACAUCAAAGGCAGAGGAAACCACAAGAAAAGAAAAAAGUUAUCAUAAGAGGUUAGAGCAAUGGCAGCUGUGAGCUGCUGCUUCUUCAAGCUAUCACAUUCACGACAUCUCAAACCCUCUAGGCCUUCUUUUUCCUGCUCCGCCUCUCAACCUUCCCAAAACAACAUAAAGGUAAUCAUAAACGGAGCUGCAAAGGAGAUAGGAAGAGCGGCUGUGGUUGCUGUGACUAAAGCCAGGGGAAUGGAGUUGGCUGGUGCUGUCGACAACCAUUUUCUUGGCGAAGAUAUUGGCUUGCUCUGUGACAUGGAGGAGCCUCUAGAGAUACCAGUAGUGAGUGAUCUAACAAUGGUCUUAGGCUCGAUAUCUCAGGGAAAAGAAGUGGGAGUUGUGAUCGACUUUACAGACCCAUCAACAGUGUAUGAGAAUGUAAAACAGGCAACGGCAUUUGGGAUGAAGAGUGUUGUGUAUGUACCUCGGAUUAAGCCAGAGACAGUAUCAGCGUUAUCUGCACUAUGUGACAAGGCCACCAUGGGGUGCCUUGUAGCACCAACACUAUCCAUAGGAUCUAUACUUCUCCAACAGGCUGUGAUCAUGGCUUCCUUCCACUACAACAACGUUGAAAUCGUAGAGUCAAGGCCUAAUGCAACGGAUCUUCCUUCUCCAGAAGCUACCCAAAUUGCGAACAACAUCUCAAAUCUUGGUCAGAUAUACAACAGAGAAGAUAGUUCAACUGAUGUUCAGGCAAGAGGUCAAGUAAUCGGAGAAGAUGGGGUUCGUGUUCACAGUAUGGUUCUACCUGGACUACCUUCUAGCACACAAGUCUACUUCUCAAGUCCAGGAGAUGUUUACACUGUUAAACACGACAUAGUUGACGUAAGGUCCCUAAUGCCUGGACUACUUCUCGCUAUCAGAAAGGUGGUACGCCUCAAGAAUCUGGUUUAUGGCCUCGAGAAAUUCUUGUAGGAAAUGAAGUGUUUCGCCAAUCAUCAAUCAAGAUACGAGUCAAAUGUUAUAUUAUAAUGAAUAGGUCAUGUCAUCCGGCAAGUCAUAUGCAAGAAAACACAUUAAACAUAAAGUUUAGAGAUAGGAUGUUAUUUCCUUUCACGGUAAUACGGAUAAUCGUUUUUAAGGCGAGGACACUAACAAAUUCAAAUGAGAAAACCAUUAUUCUA